AUGUCUACUGUACAGAAAAUGCGGGUACCCCUUUCCGUGGACCCGGUGAAAAUGGAGCUACCCUCCACAAGUGACGAGCCGCCACGCGAGAAAAUGUCCUUCCAAUACACGUGGCCGCUGCGUAUUUCCAAGAGAAAAGUCGAGGAGGAAGAGCUCGUGCUCAACGUCUCGCAGCCGUUCACCACCUCCUACAAUGGAGUGGCUUUCACCUGGACUGCCAGACUCUCUGACGAGUGUGCCGUUUGGACGACGACGGAGUACGAGCUCCCGAACCACGUGUUCGCCUCCCUCUACUAUAAGGAUGGCAUCGCUCAGGAUGUGAUGGUUGAUGAAGUCAGAAUGUCGCUCUACAGCGCGAUGGGCGAGCUGAUCUUUGAGGAUAUGCGAGUCCCAGAGGCCGAAUAUACCAAAGGCAGUGGCUGGCCGAUCCAGCUCUCCCCGGAGCGCCAGGCCCACUUCACGCGCUUCAUCCACAACAGCAUCAACGAGCAGAUAUCACUGCAGAUCGAGAUACGGAUGAAAACCUCCAUCUUCGACCCGAUGCGCUACCUGCCCUCCCUGGCCACGGCCCACAUGAAUCAGAAGAUCAAGGAGGCGUGCAAGAAAUACGUUGAUGACUUCCAGGCUGGGCGGGUUACGGUACCCGAGAUCGAAUUCCUGAACCUGACGAGAACGGAAGACAAAUACAUGCUCCAUCGCAAAGUGUUCAUGCACGGCCUGCGGAGCGUGGAAGAGAUCUGCCGGGAUGAGAACGAGAGCCCGGAAGUGGCGAAACACAUUUGCAGCCAAUUCGCGCACACCUACUUCAUCGAGGUGCUGCUCCGCGAGGUGCAGGGAUACGACGACUUUGUCACCCUGCUCGAGGGAGUCAUCGCCGUCCACCUGCCCGAGCUGAAGAAGGAGACCGAACGAUAUAUUUGUAGGGAAGUUAUGAAGCUCCAAGAACGACCCGCCAACGCCCAAUUUUCGGCAGCAGAUACGCUUCAAGAAGAGGAAGCGGCUGAACGCCCCGAAAGCCUCGACAUCGAACGGCUGCAAUUUAUCCAGUUGAUGCUCCUCCUCGCCAAGAACACCCACGAGGGCAUUAAAGAUCUACAAGACGUCAGGCCGUAUCGCUUUCGAUCUGUCUGGGAGUUUUACCCGUUAACUUUGAUCAGUGGCUAUUGCCGUGUC